AUGGCGAAACUGAUAGCGGAGCAAACAGCUCCCGAUGAACGUACGCCUCUCAUCCAAGAUGAAACUGGCGAAAUCCAAAGCUACUCUCCGCAAGAACAAGAAGAUCAUGCAGAAGAUCGACUUCAAACAAACAUUGCCUAUCGUCUCUACAUUUCGCACUUUCUCUCAACAUGGAACUCUCGGGUCUUCGAGUUUGGAGCCGUCCUCUACUUGGCCACGAUCUACCCGGGUACCCUGUUGCCCAUGUCUGUAUAUGCGCUUUCUCGUGGCCUAGCAGCAAUUUUCUUUGCGCCCGCUGUGGGCCAUUAUAUUGAUGUUGGAAACCGUUUACAGGUGGUUCGAGUAUCAAUCGGUGCGUUUUUGUCCGUUAUUAGAUCCUCAAAGAAGCGCAAAUGCUUACUCAAAUCUCUUACCGCCAUAGUACUCCAGCGCCUUGUUGUGGCUACCUCAUGUGCGAUCUUCUACUUCCUAACUAUCCGCUUAGACAUGCCACAAGUGGUCGAUAAUUAUUUGCUAGUUACUUUGGCGCUUCUGGCCUGCAUCGAAAAGCUAUGCUCAAUCAUGAAUCUAGUCUCUGUAGAGAAGGAUUGGAUGAGACGGAUCGACCUGAUUUGCAAACUGGUCGGACCCCUCUUCAUUGCACUUAUCGACGGCAUAUCGACGAAGGCCGCCAUUCUUGUCAACCUAGGAAUGAAUGUCAGCUCAGUGAUUGUUGAAUACUUCUCAAUUGCCCAGGUGUACGACAGGGUACCUGACUUGCAGAAACCGAAACAAGCGGCCGCGGGUGAAUCCCCACGUGACGAAGGCAAUCUAUCGAAUCUAUGGAGGAGUUGGUGCAUCCUUAUGCGGAAGACCUUGGAAGAUAUCACCGCUUAUUUUCACCAUCGCGUGGUCCUUCCGUCUUUUGCUGGGACUCUACUUUAUCUGACUGUCUUGUCUUUCGCUGGCCAAAUGGUCACCUGGCUGUUGUCAGCAGGCUACGAUUCGACCCAGAUUGCCAUCGCCAGAACCUUAUCCGUGACAUUUGAAGUGCUUGCCACAUGGGUUGCGCCCUGGCUCAUGGGGAAAAUCGGACCAGUUCGAGCCGGCAUUUGGCUGGCAAAUUGGCAGAUUACUUGCUUAUCAAGCGGAAUAGUCAUCUUCUGGAGAUUCUCGAAUUAUCCUCUCAUCUCAGCAUCGGGUCUCGUGGGCGGUACAAUCCUCAGUCGUGUGGGACUGAGGGGGUUUGAUCUCUGCGUGCAGAUCCUUGUUCAAGAGGGUGUCGAAACCACAGCUCGAGGGUCUUUCUCCUCAACUGAAGCUGCAUGGCAAAAUCUGUUUGAGAUCUGCUCCUACAUAUCCACCAUCGUUUUCUCGCGACCUGAUCAAUUCAAAUGGCCCGCCCUCAUCAGUGUAAUUGCAGUCGGUGUUGCGGGCUUUGUAUAUGCCAUUUUCGUCCGGAUCCAGCGAGGGCAUUUGGUGCAUCUACCCAAGCUUUUCUCUCAGGAGCACCAGCAGCACUCCAGGCAACGUGGCCUCGAAAGCAUUAGCUCGUCUUCGGACUUCUAA